AUGGAACCUCUUCCGGGCAGGCCGGGGAAUUUGACCCCCGAAGAGGAUGAGAAGCUGCGCAAGUUCUGGGAGAUGUUCUUGCACGUAUGCGGCGUUCUGGGUGAGGAGGCCUCCGGCGAGGUAGACAACGCUUCAGAGAGUCAGGGGAAGUCGGGCACCGCGGGAUCUGAAAAAAUUAAGAAGAAUCGGAUGUCUAUUUUUAAGAAAAAGAAGGACAAGACCAAGGAUGGCGCAGCGCCUGCCAAGGUCCCCGCCAUGGACGGCAUCAAGGAAAACGACCCAGAAGAUAAAUGGGGUGAAAACAAGGCAUACCUCGAUACCUUAGCCACACACACCCCGGAGCAGAUAAGAGCCACGAUCUGGGCUAUGGUCAAGCACGACCAUCCCGAUGCUCUUUUACUACGGUUUCUAAGGGCCAGGAAAUGGGACCUCCAAAGGGCCCUUGUCAUGCUGAUGUCGACGAUGAACUGGAGGUGUUCGGAGGCCCAUGUUGACGACGAAGUUAUGGCCAACGGCGAAGAACUUGCUUCCAUCAACGAGAAAACCGGUGAUGAAAAGACUAAAAAAGUAGCACAAGACUUUCUAGCUCAACUACGCAUGGGAAAGAGUUAUUGCUACGGUACUGAUAAAGCGGGAAGGCCUAUUUGCAUUGUUAGGGCUCGCUUACACAAAGCAGGCGAGCAGUCUGAGGAAGGCCUGGAACGUUUUACUGUUUAUUUGAUCGAGACGACCCGGUUUAUGCUUCACCCUCCUAUUGAUACUGCUUGUGUCGUUUUCGACUUGACUGGCUUUUCCUUAGCUAACAUGGAUUACACUCCGGUGAAGUUUAUGAUAAAAUGCUUCGAAGCUAAUUACCCCGAGAGUCUCGGUGUGGUUCUCGUUCAUAAGGCCCCAUGGGUCUUUCAAGGUAUCUGGAAGAUUCUUCGGGGGUGGCUCGAUCCCGUAGUUGCAGGCAAAGUCCAUUUCACAAAUACAGUCAAGGAUUUAGAGGAGUUUGUUGCUAAGGAGAGACUACCCGACGAACUGGAAGGCACAUCUGGCUAUACCUAUAAAUACGUAGAGCCAGUGCCCGGUGAGAAUGCCAAGAUGAAGGAUUUAGAGACAAAAGAAAAGCUUCUGCAGGAGCGGGAGGCUCUCUACGAAGACUACGAAAGCAAGACGAUCGAAUGGAUUAACGAAACAGACGCCACGAAGAGGGCGGCUAUCUAUUCAGAGCGGAACACGAUUGCUAAGAAGCUUAGGGAGCAAUAUUGGCACUUAGAUCCUUACAUUCGGUCAAGGUCUUUCUUCGACAGGAUAGGUGUUAUCAAGCCCGACGGAAGCCUUGACUAUUACCCCUCGAAAAUCACAAACGGGACGACGGCCGCGUUGGCAGCGGGAGAAACGUCAGCUGAUGAUGUCGACUAA